UCCGGGAACAAGCGUCGCCCGGGCAGGAGCGGGCCGCGUAGCAGAGCCGAGCUGCGACGCGCGUCGGAGAGGCUCCUGGGAAACUCCCACGGCCCGGGGACUUUGGAAGAGAGCGCGCGACGAGCCCUCGCGCGCACAAGUCCGCAAGGGAGCGCUCAGCGCGGCACCUGUUCCUCCCGCGCCACCCACUUCUCCCCCUCGGACCCGUGCUCCCCGGGGCGCCCGCCCGCUCCUGCGAUGAAUCCGGCGCUGGGCAACCAGACCGACGUGGCGGGCCUGUUGCUGGCCAACAGCAGCGAGGCGCUGGAGCGCGCCAUGCGCUGCUGCACCCAGGCCUCCGUGGUGACCGACGACGGCUUCGCCGAGGGCGGCCCGGACGAGCGCAGCCUGUACAUCAUGCGCGUGGUGCAGAUCGCCGUCAUGUGCGUGCUCUCGCUCACCGUGGUCUUCGGCAUCUUCUUCCUCGGCUGCAACCUGCUCAUCAAGUCCGAGGGCAUGAUCAACUUCCUGGUGAAGGACCGGAGGCCGUCUAAGGAGGUGGAGGCAGUGGUCGUGGGGCCCUACUAACCGGUCCUUCGGCCCCGCGGCAGCCGCCCCGACGCGUCCCCACUUCGCCAGCUGGGCGGUGUCCCUCCCCAUCACAGGCUGGGUGAAGCAAACCUGUCGGAGUCAAUUAUUUCUCUUGACUUCUACCUUUCCGGGAAGAGCGAACCGUUUCUUGAUCGCCCUCCGAAAGUCCCCAUGCCUAGCUGGAGGAGGAGAGCGCCCUGACUUCUGGACUCAGCAGCAAGUGGCGAGAAGCGGGCGAGUGGGGCGCAGAACUUUGGAAGCUGCUACUUGCUUGGAAUGCGGGGAGACCGACGGGGCGAAGGCCCUUCUCCACCCGCAGGUGGGCCAAGCGCUGGGGGCAGGUGGAGAGGGCGGGCAGGGGAACGACCCAGCGGCACCCAUCGCCUAGUGACCCCCAAAGUGACCUGUUUAUACGCCAUGCAACAGACCUAAUGGGGUCGCACAAAUCCGUGUCCGGGUUCGCGUCCACUCUUGCUCGCUCCAGCCCUGGCGGGCAGAGGCGAUAAAUACCUUUGAUUGACUGUAACGUGCUGUUUUAAGGGAUUUUGUGUCUGUUUGCUUGAAUACAACUAUUUGAUAAAUCCUUUUCUGCCCCCAUGGCCUGUUUGCCUGCCGGGCGGGGUGGGGGGGGUAGAGUUUUGUCGUCGGGGAGAAGGGGUGGGGGAGGGGGGAGCCUGCAAAUGUGAACGGGGUGAGUUGUUUCUUUUAGUGCGUUUCCAGCUGGGUCUUUUCGGGGGUGGGGGGAGGCUAGCGUUCCAGCUGGCCUGGCAACAAAGACCCAGAAUAGAACUCGUAGCUCGUGACUGCACGGUUUACGCCACAAAAGUGCUCUUGACAUCGUGACACCGUUUUGACUUUUUUUUUUCUUAUUUGACAUUCCCUUAAUAAAUACAACAAUUACGUGUUUUGUU